AAACCUUAAUCUUAACAAUUCACUUCGCCCAAACCACUAGCGACAAGUAUUUAUAAAUCGCAUAAACCAGUGGCGACAUCUAUUUUAUUUAUAGCCACCUCAAAACAUAUCUAAUAAUUUUAAUGUCUUCAACAGGAGAUCGUUUCACAGGUGGUCACAAAUCUGAAAUUUAUCUUCCAAAGAGAUCAUUAAUCAUGUUACGGUUAGAGUUCUUAAUGAUGAUCAGCAGUUUUUUCUUCUCUGGCCAUUGUCAUAGAGAUGUCUUGCUUAGCCCUCCAGACAUCACCAAUCCAAUUGAAGCAGUGACUUUGUACAAGGGUGAACUUGACUUUGUUGUCAAAUGUGAAGCUACUGGUAUACCAAAACCAACAUUUCAGUGGAAAAGAAAUAACCAAGAUAUCCCUCCUAGUAGCUACAUUACCUAUGAUGCCAACACUGGUGACUUAACUUUUAAAGGGUUUUCAGAGCGAGAAGAAGGAGAGUACAGAUGUUAUGCAUCAAAUGUUUUGGAACAAACUACAGCUGUCAGUGUCUCUCAACCAGUCACUAUUAAAAAAUAUCGUUUUCUAAGGCCAGAUAGUAACCUUGCUACUGAACCUGUUAGCAUCAAACAAUAUGACUAUUCAAAUUACUUUGUAAAAAGGACAAACUAGAAGUAGUGGCUGAAAGUAUAAACUACAACUGGUAUUCUAAAAGUAAUGACCAGCUUCAAUUAGACAAUGGCCGAAAGUACAUUGACCUAAA